GAAGUGGCUCGGUAAAUAAGAGUGGAGCCCUCUCACCACCGCAACCUCACUGGUGGGGAUUCACCGUAUUAACCGCAGCGUCACACACGCACUCCGACCCAGUGACACAAGUGCGCGCGCGUGCACGCUCCCCGCCCCCUCCGACGAGCAGAGCGGCCCGGAGGCCUGCACUCAUUGAGCUGCCCGCGGCGCCAGACGCUCAGGCUCGGCCGAUGCAUCCUUUCUCUCCCAGCGGGUCUGCGCCUGCCCUGACCUGCUUCUCCAUCUCCAUCGGGCGGAAAGGGGUCUCUAGUGCCGCCGCAUCCUCGGCUUCUGCGGCCGCCUCUAGCAAGGGCGUCUAUGGAAGCCCCGCGCUUGCCCUAGGACCGAGCGGGGCGCCCGGCCUGGAGAGCUGCGGGGCUGGCAGAGCUGCAGCGGCAAGCCCCGGGGGCCACUAUGAGCGGGACCAGUGCGGCCCCCGGCUCGGCUUCCGCCCCCAGCCGCUUCGCCCAUUACUUCGUGCUGUGUGGCAUUGACGCGGACAGCGGGCUAGAGCCCGACGAGCUAGCGGGAGAAAACUUUGAUCAAAGUCCCCUGAGAAGAACUUUCAAGUCCAAAGUUUUGGCUCACUAUCCUCAGAAUAUAGAAUGGAACCCCUUUGAUCAAGAUGCAGUCAAUAUGCUUUGUAUGCCUAAGGGACUAUCCUUCAGAACGCAAAUGGAUAACAAAGAGCCUCAAUUCCACUCAUUUAUAAUUACCAGGGAAGAUGGUUCCCGCACCUAUGGUUUUGUUCUUACUUUUUAUGAAGAAGUUACCAGUAAGCAGAUCUGCACAGCAAUGCACACACUGUACCAAAUGCAUAAUGCAGAACAUUACAGUAGUAUCUAUGCCUCAUCCUCUUGCAGCAUGGAUUCCCUCAUAAGCAAUAUUGAUGAGGGAGAUGCAACUUCACUUGCUAAGCUCCAGCGAUACAAUUCUUAUGACAUCAGCAGAGAUACACUGUUUGUUUCAAAAAGUAUAUGUCUGAUCACUCCACUACCAUUCAUGCAAGCUUGCAAGAAAUUUCUCCUUCAGCUUUAUAAGGCAGUUAGCUCCCAGCAGCCCCCACCCUUACCUCUUGAGAGCUAUAUUCAUAACAUUCUUUAUGAAGUUCCCCUUCCACCUCCAGGGAGAUCAUUAAAAUUUUAUGGUGUUUAUGAGCCUGUCAUUUGCCAGAGACCUGGACCCAAUGAGCUUCCACUUUCAGAUUAUCCUCUUUGGGAAAUCUUUGAACUUCUAGGAUUGGAGAAUCUUGUUCAAGUUUUUACAUGCGUUCUUCUAGAAAUGCAGAUUCUCUUAUAUUCACAAGAUUAUCAGCGUCUAAUGAUGGUAGCAGAAGGGAUCACCACACUUUUAUUCCCAUUUCAAUGGCAGCAUGUGUAUGUACCCAUUCUUCCUGCCUCCCUCCUUCAUUUUCUUGAUGCUCCUGUACCUUAUCUGAUGGGACUUCAGUCAAAAGAAGGAACUGAUCGCUCUAAAUUAGAACUUCCACAGGAGGCAAACUUGUGCUUUGUGGACAUUGAUAAUCACUUUAUUGAGCUUCCAGAAGAAUUUCCACAGUUCCCAAAUAAACUAGAUUUUAUCCAGGAAAUCUCUGAAGUUCUCCUUCAGUUUGGAAUUCCUCCUGAGAGUAGCCUACACUGCAAUGAGAGCAACAUUAAAUUUAAGAAUAUGGUUCUGAAGGACCUGGUCAGUGAUAAAAAGAAUGGAAAUGUCUCUACAAAUACAAUCCAUAUGUAUGAAUUACUGAAAGGCAAUGAAACUAUAGCCCGUCUUCAAGCUCUAACCAAGAGGACAGGUGUAACUGUAGAAAAAGUGGCCCUUUCUGCCUCUCUGGCUGAAAAGAACUUAAAACUACAAUGUGAAGAAGAAGAAAUGAGAGACUAUAAACUCAAUGUACAGCUUCGGGAAGUCUUUGCCAAUCGCUUCACACAGAUGUUUGCUGAUUACGAGGCUUUUGUGAUUCAGACGGCACAGGACAUGGAAUCAUGGCUGACCAAUAGGGAGCAGAUGCAGAACUUUGACAAAGCUUCUUUUCUGUCUGAUCAGCCUGAGCCUUAUCUGCCAUUUCUUUCACACUUCAUUGAAACACAGAUGUUUGCCACCUUUGUUGAUAAUAAAAUUAUGUCCCAGUGGGAAGAAAAAGAUCCUCUACUUCGGGUCUUUGACUCAAGGAUUGAGAAGAUAAGACUAUAUAAUGUAAGAGCACCUGUUUUGCGGACCUCUAUAUAUCAGAAAUGCAACACCUUAAAAGAAGCAGCCCAAUCCAUUGAGCAGCGACUAAUGAAGAUAGAUCAUUCUGCCAUCCACCCCCAUUUACUCGACAUGAAGAUUGGGCAAGGCAAAUAUGAACAAGGGUUCUUUCCAAAAUUGCAAGCUGAUGUCCUGACAACCAACAAUAAUCGCUGGGUUAGCCGGAGUGCCACAGCACAGCGUAGGAAAGAUCCGCUACGACAGCAUUCAGAACAUGUUGGAUUAGAUAAUGACUUAAAGGAGAAAUAUAUGCAAGAGGCAAGGAAUUUAGGGAAAAAUUUGAGACAGCCCAAAUUGUCAGAUCUUUCUCCAGCAGUGAUAGCUCAGACCAACUGGAAAUUUGUAGAAGGCCUGCUAAAAGAAUGUCGAAUGAAGACAAAACGCAUGUUGGUGGAAAAGAUGGGACAUGAAGCAGUGGAACUUGGCCAUGGUGAAGCAAACAUAACAGGCUUGGAGGAAAAUACUUUAAUUGCCAGCCUAUGUGACUUGCUGGAAAGAAUAUGGAGCCAUGGUCUUCAGAUCAAGCAGGGAAAGUCUGCUUUGUGGUCACAUUUAGUUCAAUAUCAAGACAGAGAAGAGUGUCAAGAGCACCUUCCAGAAUCCCCAGUUUCCCUCGGACCAGAAAGAAGAAAGUCUGACUCAGGAGCCACAUUACCAACACUUAGAGUCUCUCUUAUUCAAGACAUGAGACACAUUCAGAAUAUGAGUGAAAUCAAGACUGAUGUGGGUCGAGCUCGGGCAUGGAUAAGAUUAUCUCUUGAAAAGAAGCUCUUAUCUCAACAUCUCAAGCAGCUGGUUUCUAAUCAACUACUAACUAAGAAACUUUAUAAACGGUAUGCUUUUCUGCGCUGUGAAGAGGAAAGAGAACAAUUCCUAUACCACCUCCUUUCCCUCAAUGCUGUGGAUUACUUCUGUUUUACUAGUGUAUUCACCACAAUCAUGAUUCCUUAUAGAUCAGUGAUCAUCCCAAUUAAGAAGUUAAGCAAUGCAAUCAUCACUUCAAACCCGUGGAUUUGUGUGUCAGGUGAACUAGGAGAUACAGGAGUGAUGCAGAUUCCUAAAAACCUCCUUGAAAUGACCUUUGAGUGCCAAAAUCUGGGAAAACUGACUACUGUUCAAAUUGGUCACGAUAACUCAGGGCUUUUGGCCAAGUGGCUUGUGGAUUGUGUCAUGGUCAGGAAUGAAAUCACAGGACAUACAUACAAGUUCCCAUGUAGGAGGUGGCUAGGAAAGGGAAUAGAUGAUGGAAGCUUGGAGAGAAUUCUUAUUGGAGAAUUGAUCCCAUCAACAUCAGAGGAAGAUCUGGGAAAACAGUGUCGGACCCCACCCCAGCAGAAAUCACCUACCAUACCCCGAAGGUUGAGCAUUACUUCCCUCACUGGAAAAAUUAAUAGUAAACCCAGUGCUGGGCAGAUUCAAGAAGGAAUUGGGGAAGCUGUGAACAACAUUGUGAAACACUUUCACAAACCUGAAAAAGAGAGGGGAAGCCUUACCAUAUUGCUCUGUGGAGAAAAUGGUCUGGUUGCAGCAUUAGAACAAGUUUUCCAUCAUGGAUUCAAAUCUGCUCGAAUCUUUCACAAGAAUGUCUUCAUCUGGGAUUUCAUAGAGAAAGCUGUUGCUUGUUUUGAAACAACUGAUCAAAUUGAGGACACUGAAGAUGAAGUCCUUAUUCAGAAAUCAUCCUGCAAAACCUUCUGCCACUAUGUUAAUGCUAUCAAUACUGCACCCAGGCACAUUGGAAAGGAUGGUAAAUUCCAGAUACUGGUUUGUCUUGGAACAAGGGAUCACCUGCUCCCCCAGUGGAUUCCGUUAUUGGCUGAAUGUCCUACCAUCACUAGAAUGUAUGAGGAAAAUGCUCUCCUUCGAGACCACAUGACUGUCAACUCUCUCAUUCGCAUCCUGCAGACAAUACAGGACUUCAGUAUUGUCUUAGAAGGAUCACUUGUUAAAGGAGUGGAUGUUUAAUUUGGCUUUGCUGAAAGCUAUGGAUUCAAUCAUUCUUUACCUUUCCCAGUUUCUGUGCCAUGUUGUUGGCCCUUCCCAAGCAAAAGAAGUAUUGUGAAGGGAAAGAAGAAAUGUGUGUAUAUACUUAUACAUAUAUGUUCAUAAACACAGGAACAAUUCUUUUGUCAGGGAGAAUCAAUAACAAAAGAAAGCUAUACAUAUGUAUAUAUGGACUUGAUAGGCCCUUUAUGCUGUGGUAGUAAGUAGUAACUGAAAGGACAAAGCAUCCACUGAACUAGGAGGUAGAUAUUAUUCCUUUUCUGAACUGUUGUAAAGCUGUAAUCAAGGUUAAAUAUUGUAUUAUAGUUCAUUUGAACCUGAAAUUUAAUAUAAAAUAGAAUAUUUUCAUGUGUUAGGUUGUAUAAAUAAGUUACCUUCAAGAAAUUAUUAGUCAGAACUUUCUUAGAAUAUGUCUGAAAAUAAGUAGCUUAACAAAAUCAGGAGGAAGGGAGAAGCAAAUGAAAGUGGGAAUGUCGAGAAAGCCAUCAAUAUGUAAAUAUAGUGCAAGCCCAGUAGAACUUUUUAAAGAUAUUGGAAAGGAACACAGCAAGUAUCAACAUGUAGCCAUUACCAUUCUUGUGGCUUAUUCUUGUUAAUGUGGAUGUAAACUGCUUUACCUAAUGAUGUAAGUGCUUUUUCUCAUGUAUAUCUUUUAAGUUACAAACUUUUAUGCAUUUCAGCAGUGAAUUCACAUAUCAAAUCUUUGGAGGUAAUUUUCAGGUCAGCACAAAAAUGGAGAUGUAUUUAAAAUAUUUUAAACACUGGUCCCUAGAAGCUCUGCUGAACUGGAGAAAUUUCUUUUACAGUAUAGAAAGAUAAUCUUGCUAUACUUUGGAAAGCUUAGCCAGGAAACUGGCUAACUUCAUUCUUGGCAUUUUUCUUGUCAUUUGGGGCACUUUGAAAAGAUAGAAGUUUCACAGUGUCCCUUAUAUAUUCAUUCUUUGCAAGGAGCAAGUACAUUGUACCUAAACAGGGCUAUCUAAACUCAGCAGUGGUACUUUUAACUUUCCUGAGAUAACCACAGGCACUAGCUUGUUGAAAUUAAGAAUUUUGUCACUUCUUCCCCAUUUCCAGCCACUUUUCCUGCUCCCCAAGAAAAUGAAGGGAAAGCUUAUUAAAACACAAACCAGUUACUAUCUUAGAAUACUGUGAGGGCAUUUUUGAUGAUGGCAUAGAAGGAAAUGAAAGGGUACAAUUAAGUAUGUUUCUUUUUUUUUUCUCAAUUAAGAAUGUUUCAAGAAAGGCAUUACAUCAGAAGAUAUAGAUGAAGGCAAACUAUAAAAAAUUAAGUGGUAAACUGUGCAUUGUUUAGAUAGAGCACUGAACAUUGAGUCAAAAAAAUUGGAAUACAAAUCUUGCCUCAGUCAUUUAGUAGCUGUGUGACUUAGUUGCUUAACUUCUCUCAACCUCAAUUUCCUCAUCUGUAAAAUAGGCAUAAUAAUAGCACCUACCUCUUAGGGUUAUGAGAAUAAAAUGAGGUAUUUGCAAAGUGCUUUACAAAUAUUAAAGCAUUGUAUAAAUGCUAGUUAUUAUUAAAAGUAAGAUAUGGUGGAUGAGAAUGACUAUAGUCUAGCAAUUGUUUUCUAGUUUGAUGUUUUUGUUUAUAGUAAUGGUUAUUAAAUGCUUUCACUAGUUAACUUGGAUUAA